UAAUACAGUCGGACAGUAUUGGUAGCGGGCGGCGGCGAGCCGGCUCCCUUCGCUGUGUAGAGUCGCGCGCGCACCACGAGCGUACACGUCUCCGCGUAAAAAUAAAGUCCACGGCCCGCGCUCUCGCACUUCAACCCAUUUAUAAUUAUCAGUAAAUCGCCGUGCGAGUGCAUGACUGCCGCGGCCGGCGACCGCUCGCCGAAAAGAAAAUCACAUUCGUUAACCUCGAACCCGAAUCUCACGUUGCUCUACACCGAGCCCUUGUUUCACAUACGAACGACGCGAAAUCCCUAAAUACGUUUAGACGAAUAUCGACGGAAUCGUCACUCCUACGCAAUAGAUACCGGUGUCGCGAGACGCGUGGAGCCGUCUGUGAAUGGAUCGUGUGUGUUGUGUGAUAAAGAUUAUGUUGUGCUAGUGAUAACAGUGUAGCGAUUUUUAAACAUGCCUGAAAGACCGAAGCGCCGUAAAAAUAAUAAAAACAAACGUAAAAAUAAAAACAAUAAGCCCGAAGUGAUUAAAAAUAAUAGUGAUGAAAAGAAAUUGGACAGUGGUGAAUCGUGUAAUAGUAAAACCGAUAGCAAAGAAGAUUUAGUCGAAAAUGAGUCGGUUGUUUCGGAGGAAAUUAAGCAGGAAAUUUUACAACCAUCGAUUGAAAAUGAAAUCGCGUCAGGUAGUACUUCAAGUGAUGUAGUUAAUUUGAAUGGUGAUUUAAAUAAUAACAGUGAUGAAAUCGUUGAAAAUGUGCCGCCCUCACCAACAGACAAAUGCGUUGUUGUUGAUACCGUAGACGCUUCAGCUUACGUUGUAGAAGCUCCUGGCCAAUCCCGUCAUGGUAAAAGUAAGGUCAAAUUAUCAAGCAAAAGUAAAAGUUUAGAUGAUGAUGAGGCUACUAAAAUUAUUGAUGUUACCGAAGAUGUUACAGCUGAGCCCUCAAAUGAAAAUGCAUUGGCUUUAAUAGAUACUCAAAAUGUAAUAGUCACUCAUGUUGAUUCUGAUGUAGAAUGGGAGAAUGCUGCAGAACUUAACGAAGUUGAUGUAAAACAACCGAAAGAACUUGUUACGGGAACUUUAUCAGUUACCUCAAUCCCUCUUACUGUGGCGCAAUGUGAACAAACAAAAUCUUUGACACCUGAUGAAGAAAAAUCUUUGAGAAAUUAUUUGAAUACUCUUAACUUAGCAACCCAACCAGAUGGUGUUAACUCUGUAGAAAUAAAAACUGAAAUCGAAGAAAUAAUAAAUCAAGAAAUUAAACACAGGUUACGCAAAAAAGCAAUGGCUGAUGACUUUUUCCUACACAGGUUAGGCCCUCCAAGAAUGUUGGACGUUAUUGAUGAAGAAGGUAGUAGUGGAUCAUCUAUGACCUCGAGACGUCAAUCUUAUCUUAGUGACAAAAGGAGUGAUGUUGAGGAUCUGGAAGACGAUGUCUUUGAAGACAAUAAAAACAAAUUAACUAAACAGAAGAAAAUGAUGUCUACUGCUGUUCACAAGAAAUCUUUUGGAAAACUAGUACCUCAAGAGUGUCUCUUAGUAGGUGCUAAAAUUAAAGAACCUGAAGUAAGUGAAGCCAGAGGUGAUUGGACUAUGAAAACUGUUGAGAAAAUGACUGGUGCUGAGGUUGUUUACUUAACAGAUACAUCCAGUAGUACAAGUUCGCUUCACGAAAUUGGUGAGGAUGAUGAUGAUGGUGUUGAUACUGAUGCAUCAGUACGUAUGAUUACACCAACAAUAGAAGUUACCGACACAGAAAAUUUCCUUAAGAAAACAUUUAUUUCAAACACUGAUAACAAUAAACAAGAUACCAACACUGGGAAAACAAUAGAAAUACCUAUUCAAAUUAUCCCUAAUGAAAAGGUUAGUGAUGAGAUAGAAAAGAAAAAUACAAAUGCCGAGCGUAUAAUAAAGGUACAAGUAGAAAAUGACACAAGUGUAAAUAUAGAAAAAAUUGUACCUGAAAAAAGGACUACCGAAAGAAUUGUAGAAGUUACUUAUGAUAAGGAAAUAAAAGAAAACUCCCAACAACUUGUUCGUAAUGAAACAAAAUCUAAUGAACACAUAAUAAAAGUAGCCUUGGAACAAGAUGCCAAGAAAAAUGACGUAGAAGUUAUUACUAGUACAAAUAAAACAGACAAUGAUCGUAACUUAAGGCUAGAAAGUGAAAAGACUUCUGAACAAAGUAAGAAUAUUGUAGAAAAUAUAUCUAGUCAAAAUUCCCAUGAAAUCGUAGUUUUAUCAACGGAUAAUAUUAAAACUAACUUAUACGUCAAAGACAUCGAAGAGCCUAUAAAUAAAGAUGAUAACAAAAUGCAAGCAAAGCAAAACAAAUACGAGUUAGAAUCGAAACUCAUAAAAUGCGAAUUUAAUGAUGCAAUAAAUAACUUGAUUAAGGAAGUGGUUUCUGAAUCGGAGGAAACAAAUGAGAAUGCAAAAGAAACAUUUUCACGCCAGGAUUCCUCGAGCAGUGUGGACUCCUCUCAAUGCACGGCAAAAUAUAACCCUAAUUAUUCUUCCCUAAAUGACAUUGUUAGCAUGACGCAUGAUGAAACUACCACGAAUAACAAGACAAACACAGAACAAGUGUCUUCAACUGCCAGUCAUGUCAAAGAUGUAUUUGAAUGUGUUACAGGAGCCCCACGUCAAAAUAAGACCAUAGCUGACGAUGACACAAAAGAACCAUUAAAAUUGAGAGAUUUAUGUGUCAGAAACAUAGCCACAUUGCCUUAUGGGAAGAAAAUACUUGAAGAAUUAGCAUCUGUAUCCGAACGUUUACAGAAUAUUGCACUUUACGGAGCUCCGGCAAACGUAAUAGAUAAAAAACCAGACACUGACAAGAUGCCACAUUAUCGGUUACCUGACGUGUCAUCAAUUGACACGAUAACUAUACCAGUUAAAACAAAAGAUCCCGUACCUCCACCUGUUAAACCUCGUCGGUCCUCAUUAAGGAAAACGUCUCAAGAAGAAGAACACUGGACUGGUGUACCUACAAAAACGGAACCAGUGUACGUUUGUCUUUCCCCUUCACAAAAAAUGUUAAUGGAAAAAACGAAUACUGUGAUAACGAAAGAUGAAGCAAGCCAUCUUGUUGACAUGCACAGAAAAUUCGUCGAUCGUCGUGGUUAUAAUGAACAAUACAAAAGUGAUAAGGAGAGAGAAGAAAGUGAUGUCGAUAGUACCCCAGUUAUACCAUUUAAAUCUCAGACUGGAAGCCGCUUGUUGGCUUUGAUUCGCGAUCCUACUCUCACGAAUAAUAUCAACUCUCUGAACCAAAGAUUAAACAGCAGCACAGACGAUAUUCAAAGGAAACGUACUACUACGACAUCUACGACAUUCAUGAAAAGUAAUCAUGACCGAUUUGCAAACAGAGACUUCUCAUUCAAGCCAAUUCCACCUCCACGACCUAAAAAGUAUUCCUCAUCAUUUUAUGAAAGUGACGAAAGUUCUGAUUUUACUGAUAGCUCCAUGCGGUCAAUGAAGAGUGAAAGAAAAUUCUUCCAUUACUCUACUGGAAACUUGAAUAAAGAAAUUGAGAGUGAUGUCUCUUCGAUACAAAAUAUGCAUCGUUUCUUUACCGACAAAAGAGACGAGAUAAACGACUAUAAAAGUCCGAGAAGACCUUCACUCCCGAAAGAUUUAUGUGAACAACAAAUGGAAUACAUCCGUAAAAAAGAAAAGGAAGUUGAAGCUGAAAUACAACGUCUUGAAGCAUUAAAAAGUAAUAUUCCUCAGAUGCAAAAAUCACCUGGGCCUAGAGCACCUUUGAUAUCAGAAAAGGAAGUUAUUGAUGAAAGAAUAAAAGAUUCAAAUAACUAUUCUAUAUCGCGUAAAAAAGAUGUAGUUAUGACAUCCCAUGGAUCUGAACCUAAGAAAGGAAAGUUGUCUUCGGUAUUCAGCAGUAGCCAGGAAGAAUUACUUCGCGAAAAAAUGUACUCAGAAUACGUAUCUCAAAUGGCAGAACGUGAGGAAAGACGGCAACAUAAAGUCAUUAAAAUCACCAAUACUCCAUCUUCUACUAAUCACAUAACGGUUUCCAAAAGCAUGCCAGCUCUUGAUAUUCUUGACGCUAAAGUCAACAAUAGAAUCGAAAAAGAGUUUAUAUCUAAAGCUAGGGAACGGUGGGAUAAACUAGGUAUCAAAGACCCCGAAACUGAAGACGAACGCGAAUCUAACAACGUGUACAAAGAGCCUAAAGUGAUAGAACAUAAAAUUAAAGUGAUCGAAGGUGGUGAGGAGAAGGACGUUAAAAAGUUACCGAGUCACCUGCAAGAGUUUGUGCGGUUUACGGCUAAAGACAGUGAAAAGAGCACGAGCAGCGCUGACACUGUCAUGAUCGCACCGACCUUCAAAGCGCGCUCGACCUCUCCAGCUAUUUGGAGGCCGGGCGCGCCGCCCCCGGUAGCUGGCACUCCCGCGCGGAGCCCGGGCGUUCCGCCACCACCACCGCCGCCGCCCGUGUGGACGCCGGGCAGCGCGGGCGCUUCGCCCCAAACACCGCGCAAGACCUUCAGGCCAGUGCACUUCGAAGAAACGCCACCCGCCCGCCGUAAAUUCCCGAACUCAGAACAGAACGGCGCCACAAGUGGAUCGGAGAGCGAGGGUCGGCUGAGGACGUCUCACAGUGCGCCUGUCACCGGCCUCAGCAACCUGGGUGGCUCCAACUUCGGCAGCCGGCUACCUAAGGCACAGAACCCCACUGUCACACUGCUGCAGAAGGCACGAGAAGGGCAGAUUUCCCGUGGCUCCAACUACAUCCAGCAGGAGCGAGACGCGGCGAGACUGCCGCGUGACCGUCCAUCUCCACCAAGAGGCGAUCCAGUUCAUGCUCUUCGAAAAGAAUACGCGAGCGAAGGCGAGGCCGACAGAAGCGAUUACGAACGCGGGGGGAUCCGGAAGAUGGCGGAUGCCCAAAGAAAAGUAGAAGGAAUCGGACCCAUCACCAAAGACGGAAUGCCAGUCGCACUUAGAUCUGAAGUCAAAGACCCCUCGAGGUGGUACAAAAAGAUGUACGACACCAUACACAAAAACAAAUACGACGACGAUUAUGUGACUAUUCGAUACAAAAGUCGUCGAGGGCAACCACCAGAAAGGGUGCUCAGCAACAAAUCCCAGUACGCAUACUUUGACCCCCGCUCCGGUUACCUAAGUGAGCCGGAGGGAGGUCUGAGUAGACUGGGCAGCAGCACGUGGAGCGAUGCUUAUGACAGCGACGUGACCACUGGCCCUCGAAGACGGACUGCUUCAGUGCAGGAAGAUAGAAGAUUCAAUGAUGUUAACUCACAGUAUUCGUCUAGUACUAAUAAAUAUAGCACAUUAGCAUCAGCGAGAGCAAGCCAAGAAGUGUACAAGAACCAGCCAGGAAGAAUAGAGAACUACGUACCAGGAAAGUCGUCAGUCGUAGACAAAGAAGCGAAACAGCAAAACAUUUCAAGUACGACAUCUUUGCCACAAUCAUCACCGAAGGAGAAAAAGGAUUUAACAGCUACGAUCCUGUCUAAAUCGAAUAUGGCAAGGGCUCUUAAAGAAUCGGGGUACGAAUCCGACUCCACGUUAGUUUUCCGUCGUCGUGAGGAUACGGAGGCGCCUUUGUCACCAGCAGAGAGGAGAGCUGCCUAUAGAGACCUGCAGGCUGGUGGGGAACCUCCUCUCAGAGGGUUCAGGUCUCCAGCACCACCUCGACAAGACGAAUCAGAAAUCGAAUAUAUUCCGAUUUCUUCAACACUGACGAAGAUAAGAGUUCAUAAGAAAACGCCAAAGGUACACGAAGUCAUUUGCUACCCAGUGACAAGUAUCGAAACGGGAGAACAAGUAAAGUUCAAAAGGGUCGCUCCUUCUUUCCUGAGCAUUGAUGUACCAAGUAAAAUAUCUGACUAUCCACCUGCUCCUCCUAGAAGGAUUUCAUCUAAGAACAGUCGAACUCUAAAGCUGGUGACUUCGACAAGACCUGUUUCCACUUCACCAAAGCGGACAACAUCGUAUUCACAAUCCAACGUCGAUUUCCUGAAGGAUAAAAUAAACCACAAACUUUCUCGACAAAACACACAAAUACUUAGCAAGUCUGGAUCGUCAGUUGAGAAAAAAUGUGUAACACUCGAACAAAAAUUACCGAAAUCUAGAAUUAUGUCAACAUCCGCACCACCAGCCAUCAACAGAAAGUAUAAUUCAACAAUUAACUUAAAAAGCUCAAUGAAAUCUUCAGUUAGUGAAGCUAGGAGUGGUACAAGUAGUUUUGGCUCUUCUCGCCGAAUUCUGCUACCCACAGAAUAUUCGAACUCUGUUCACAGCAAAUAUGGCGAACCACACUCAUCCGUGAUUAUAGAAGGAGGAGCCGGUCGUAAAACACCAAUAUCGAAUAUACUGGACAAAGUUACUUCUCUUGAUAAAUUGUGGAGUGCCGAAAAAAGAAAUGAGCGCAUUGAUGUAACAAAAAUACGAGCUAAAUCUCUGUCUAAAGACAGUACACAUAGGCCUAUUAUAAAAUCAACCAUAACUCCAAGCACCAAAUCUUCUUCACCAACUAGUACUCAUAAGAGUAGAGAUAUGAUUCGUACCGCUGAAAAAGUACAAAAACUCAAAAUAUCAAAACAACACACAAAGUCAAAUCCUUGUUUAUCCAUUAAAAAUGAGCCGAAAGUACUAAAACCUAGUUCCCUGCAAUCGUCAUCAAGCAUUUCAAAAUCCACUUCAAAUAUUUCAACUGGAUUAAAAAAACCCAAUCAAGUGAAAACAGCAGUAGUAACAAACUUAAAAAAGAAAAAAUCUUUAGAGAGUGUAAUUGUCAGACCUCGAAGCGUACCCUGCCACGAAGCAUGUAGUAAGAAAGCUAAAGAUCCUAAAACUGUGAAGAAAUCACCCAAACCUAAAAGUAGUAAAAAGUCUACUACGAAAUCAAACGAUGAUUCUGAAUCUGGUAGUCAGUUUGGCGACACUUCGAACGAAAUUUCCAAUUUCGGCUCUUUUGAAAAUUUAGGACCAAGACGAAUCAGUUCUAAAGAAAUAAAAAAAUCACAUGAUGCUGUUGUGUCAGAUUCGUUUUUUCAACAUUUAUUUCUGGGAAGAGCUUCGACUCCAACUUUAGUAUAUCCGAUGUUAGAACAAAAUACUACAGUGUUGCAAAAAGCAAGAAUGUUUCAAUCUCUUCCUCAAGACACUACUUCCCCAAAGUCCCUUAAUACAUAUUUAAUACAUAGAAAACCAGUAUCGUUAUCCCGUUUCAAAAUGUGGGAUAGAUAUCCCAGUCCAUCUCGAGCCCGUAGUCCUAGAUCCAUAUCUUGGCCCGGCAGAAUGCAUGAUGAAAUACGCAAAUUUGACAGUCUGUCUAAAUGUGAUGAUUUUGGAUCAACUUCGUCUUUAGCGACAGUCAGAAGUAAAAGCGAACCACCUUGUAAUAAAAUGUAUUUUUCUCAAACAUCUCGUCCAAAAUCACCUACAGUUGUGUUUUAUAAAAAGGAAAAGCCAAAAGAGAUUGUGGUUAGGAAUACUACAUCGCCAUCUAGAUUGGUUUUCACGCAGACCAGAAGGCCUGUUUCUCCCAAAAUUAUACAUAAACGUGAAGUAUCUCCCCUACAAAUGAAACGUAAAUCUGUAUCACCAUCAAAAAUUGUGUUCACUGAGACUGUUCGUCCGAUAUCUCCAGUAAUUACUAGACGGUCUCCUCGUUUAGAAAACCUUGAUGUCAAAUCUGAUAAUGAUAAAUAUCCUUCAACAAUAUUCUUUUCUCAAACUUCGAGACCCGUAUCCCCAAAGGUUACAAGAAAAAGUACCGCAGCAAGUGUCAGUAGGAGUCAUUCUACAUCUCCUGUUUCCAUACGAUCUCCAUCCUACCGGCGCAUACAUAGCGCCCGUCUGCAAAACAGUAAGCAAUAUGCUGAUACAGUCCCUAAAAGUGUAUUUCGUACCAGAAGUGCUGGUGAUGCUGAGAGAAAAAUUCUCUCAGAUAACCUUCCCAUGAAAACAAAAAGUGAUUCUAAUUUAUAUGCCACUGACCCAGAUUACGAUGAAUACUGUCGUGACAUGCAAAACACAAAAAUGAGGUCAGAACGCUUCAGGGAAUUAAAUAGGUACUAUACGUACUUGGAAAGGGUUGCUGAAUUAGAAAAGGCUACAUCUACUAGUGAUUUACGUCACAGAAGAAAAGAUGAAGAAAUAAUUGACUUUGAUCGUUGGAAGAAAAUAAGAGCCAUAGAGAGGGCUGAAGAAGAAUUAAACAACUUAUACCGUAAGUUGAAAAUAGCUCAAACGGAAAAAGAUGUUUUGUUUUAUCCACGAGAUUUAAAAGAUUUUCGCUGGAAUUAUGACUCAGAUAGGGGUUUACGAAUAAAGGAAAAAUCUGUAGAAGACUUAAAAGAUCAUUUUCAACAGAUACCUCAAUAUGAUUCGAUGGAAUUAGAGCAACCCCAAUCUAGAGACACUUAUAAGCCUUUGUGGCGUGGAACAAGCGUAGCUGAAACAGCUUUUUAUAUUAAUAAAAAGAACGAUAAUGACAGACUAGAACAGCGAAUCACUGUAAAGCCUACGGUUACUUUACAACAAGAAACUUCGUUAAAUGACCUUCGAAAGAAAAUAGGUCUGGGUAGUCGGUUAUGGAGCAGUCUAUCUAUGGAGCAAGUAAAUGCUCUCAAAAAUCAGCUAAAUGCAAUAUACAGCAAAGAACUGGAAUCAAAAUCUAAUAAAGAGGCGGAUAUGAAAUAUACUAUUGACGUAAAGGAAGAUAAAAUAGAGGCAACUCCAUCAUUACAUGUUAGAUGUAAUUCAUUGAUUACAUCCAAUUACAACGCAGACAGAGAAAAACCAGCGAAACUAACUAAAUCUGAUUCUAUAGCUGCAAUUUCUUGUCCAAUCACAUCGGUGAAGGAAUUAAAAAAUAAUGUCAACAAGAUUCAAAUGACUCUUAGCGAAAAUGAAAAAAGGAAGAUUUCACAAACAUUAAGUAAAGAGAUUUUAAACAGAAUAAACAAAUUCGACACUCCGACACAACCACCACUGUCUCUAAAAGAAGAAAUUGAAAAUUCUGAAAUCAAAGAACAGUUAAUAGCUGAAAGUAAAGAUGUUCAAAAAAACUCAGAGAAUAAUCUGAAACAAGAAAGUAUUAAUAAUGCUGAAAAUGAUCAAAAGCGACAUGUCAUUUAUCCCAAAGAGAAAACAGAAACACCGUGUCAGUCUUCAGCCAGCGAAACUGAGACUGCUAGUUCAGACAUUUCCAAUAAAACCGUAAUAUACCGUGGUCCCAGCAAGGAAGUGCAAAAAAAGGUUCAAUAUUUCGAAUCUGUGAAAAAUACAGCUGAACAAACGAAAACUAUCUAUCAUGCUAGGGAAAGCUCUGAUGAAAAAGAAAAAGAAAAUCAAGAUCAAUCAAGUUCUAACAUAGCAGUGGUGGUCAAGGAAGUUGUUUCAAAUAUAAACGAAGCCAAAAUUAACGAGCCCCCAAAAAACCAGAUGGUGCAGUCACAAUCUUGUACAAAUUUUAAGGAGCUUUUUGGCGAAAGCGAAAAGAGUAAGUUUCUAUCACUUCCUUUGAAACCCGAUCUACAUUCUAGGUCAGCUUCACCUCAUUCUGAAUUAUACGCUGACAGACGGACGCCUGACACGCUACGUUGUUCAAGCGAUGAGACAAUCUGGCGCAGUCGGAGCCCGUCACCCGACCCGGAGAGGUAUUGGCGCGCGUAUCUCAACCUGGCGCGAGCCGGUGAAGUGCGCCGCUUGGCCCGGCGCUUCGACUCGCCUGCGGCAGUCGGCGCCGUGCUGCGACGGUAUCGCAGUGAUCCCGAACUUGCACGGAACGCAUUCAUUACCAGCUGGUCCUCCUUCGAAAAACUAUCCUCACGACGGGACAAGUCUAGAAUAGCCCUUCCCGUGGCUCGAGUACCCUUAAGAUCGACCAAUCGUUAUAUGCCCCACAUUGAUAUAAUAUCCAAGUUAGCAGCUCUCCGUAGACGCACCACUCCUCGAUCUAGAUCUGCUGAAGAAGCGUCAGAAUGUCGACAGGGAGAAGUGGACCGUAUACGUCGAAGGUUCGAGACAAUGUCGUUACUAGGACAGAUAUACGCUUCCGCUCCUGACGUAAGUGAGCUGCACGACAUAGCUCCAUACUUAGCGGGCUCGUGGAUAGCGCACCGUUACCCAAAGCGUAGUGAUAACAACAGAUCCAUAGAGGAUCCAAAUGUUUUAGUCCGCGGACACACUUCUCCUGUAAAAAAAGAAACAAAGCGAAUAAAACCUAAAGAAUCCAUUAAAUUGAGUUCCAUUCUAAAAAGCGACACAUUUGCGAAGCAAGAAUUUAAUCCGGCGGCACACCGCCCGGCGAGCCGGUAUGAACCGCCCCGGGCUCCGCCUCGCCCGCCGCCCGCUUCAUGGCCCUACAGGCUCUCGCCCUUCGUCACGCCAUCAAGACAUACCGUCACAUUCCAAGAGAACGACUCGGCACCGGAGCCUCCACGCAGAACCUCGCACGGGAGCUACUCAGACACAGAAUCCCCUCGGCGCUACGUGGAGAGUGACGUGAACAUCCACUACAGAUGUCCGGUGCGACACGAUCCCCUGCCUCUCGUGCCGGAGAGGGAGCUGGCGCGCCAGCAGGCCGAGCACAUGAAGAGAUUGUACAGAGAACAGAAGAGGAACAAAUACUUACAGGAAAACGAAAUACAUCCCGCUGAUAUAGAAGCAUUCGAUGCCUCAAUGAAGGAGCUACAAGACAUGCAGAACCGCCGUCACCAGGAUAACUUCACGCCUUCACAGAAGAACAUUCUUCCGCUAAACAGAUACGAUGAAGCUGAGAAAGUGAUUGCCAAGGCGUUGUACACAUUCAAUGGACAGACAGCCAGAGAACUCAGCUUUAGGAAAGGAGAACUCAUUCACGUGAGGAGACAGAUCGACAACAACUGGUACGAAGGAGAACUCCACGGGAGAAUAGGCCUGUUCCCUUACAAUUACGUCGAGAUACAAAAAGGCGAUGUAGUACAAACUCCUAAAAAGCCAGCGGUAGUCGAGGGUCGAGCUCGAGCGAAGUUCGAUUUCACCGCGCAAACGAACUUGGAACUGCCUCUGAAGAAGGGAGAAGUGGUUGUGCUGACGAGACGCAUCGAUCAGAACUGGUGGGAAGGAAGAAACGGCUCCAAGACGGGAAUCUUCCCUGACAGCUACGUGACUGUGCUACAGGAACCUAGCCCUAAUAAACCUGAUCCCCAGCCAAUCCUGAACAGCGACAAGCCAGUGGCAUCUCCGGCAGCUCACGGUCUACUCAAUGGGUCAGCUAAACGCAGCAUGGGCUCCCACAGUUACACUCCUCAACCGAACAGUCCCGCGCUCUCCAAUGCACCACCCGCCACGCAGCCACUUCCAGGUCACGUCGCGAAACCUGCGCAGGCGACGCUGACGCCAUCGGAGCGCGGCUACGGGCCGCCGACGGGCGCGGGCGUUGACCUCAAUAACACGGAGCCCUUGUAUGUGGACACCAAUGCGGAGGCCAUACCAUACCGCGCCAUGUACAAGUACCGACCACAGAAUCCUGACGAGCUGGAGCUGAACGAGGGCGACACGGUGUACGUCCUGGAGAAAUGUGACGACGGCUGGUACGUCGGCUCCAGCCAGCGCACUGGACGCUUCGGAACCUUCCCAGGAAACUACGUGGAGCGCAUCUGAUAGCGCGAGACAUCGCUGUUGCGGCGCCUGCGCCGCGCCACGCUGUGCGCGCGCCGCCCGCGAUAACACUGCACGCCACACGUAUUCACUGACCAUACUGCGUUGGAUAGACAUUAUCAAACACGGAGUAGUCUCUAAAUACAAUGCUAAAGGACUUACCAACGAGUGAAUUGUAACCCACAAACCUCUCCCACCUAGUACUCCAUUCGUUCACUACUCCGUGGCCCGAUACUUAGCCAGUGAAUAUGUACAUGAACAUUCGAGUGUUACGAAACAAACAAAAAGUUCGUCACCUAAAGCGGUGUGAGUUUGUAACCAAUAUCCUAAAGUACCCCGAUCUACCUUCUAUAACAAUAUACCUAAUACAUAUGUAAACCACGCCCUCGACUACGUAUCCUUCCCCACGAACGGUGGAGGUCAUAUAUUAAGUGUAAGCUCCGAUUUAUGUUAAAUGUAACCCAUAAUGUACCUUAGAGUCUAUCGUCAAAUGAUACCAAAAUUACGCCAUGACUUUUUAUAAUAUUUUGUACAAAGGAUGUAAGCUAAUUAAGCGUCCCGUCACCCGCGGGAGUCGGCCUUCGGUGGAACUAGUAGCUGACCAAAGCGUACCAAUGUACGGCAUUAGUACUACAUUCAAGCCUAACAUACUAACAGUAGAACGUAUGAAUGUAUCGGUGUACCUAUAUUCUCGCUUCUGUCAUCCGUGGACUAGAGUAUCUAACCGCGUCACAUCAAUGUAAUCUAUCCAAAGUUGUUUUAUGCGUCCCAAAGAGUAUGUUUAUCUGAUAAUUACGAUGUUGUAUAAUUGUAAAAAAAUAAUAAAAAUACUUAUAUACUUGUAAAAUUGUUUAGCGUAGUAUUUAUUUAUAACUUAGGAGUGACUUGUUUGGGCUCGUCUUUUAAAAGUGAUAUUUUAAAAGGUCGAAGCUGGAUUACUAAUUCUAAAAUACUAACCGAUUUAUAUACAUCAAUACAUGGACUACAUAUCUGCAAAAGUCAAACUUUGAAUUGGUAGUUAUAGUUAAAUUCAGGAGGUAACAAAGUUUCGACGUUUUGUAAGCAUUGGCGUCAAUUGUACCCAUAGGUAAAGAAUAAUGGACUCGUAAUGUAUGGGUGUUAGUUACCACAUAUAUACCUAUUAUAUAAUACUCAAGACUAUGCAAUGGUUAGUAUAUAUAGGGCGAGUAAUUAUUUGGCAACGUUUGACAAUAUUGUAUGCUUAAUUUAAUAUAAGUUGUAUCGAUAUUAAGAAAUACGCGUGCUAUGUAUAAACCAUGGUGUCAUGUGUUCAGACAUCUAUAUACUUCAUUUUUAUAUAACUUUCUAUCAAAAGUAUUAACUGUUUUCUAAAUAAUGUCUAGUCAUCGAUCAGAUUCGAAAUAUAUUUUUGCGAUGUUCGUAAUUGUUUGGUCCUAUAUCAUGUUUUCAUCUUGUUUUAAUUUGUGAAGUCCUGAGUAGACGGGAGACAAAAUUGUUAUCGAACAACUUUAUCACCAUCUUUGAAGAAUUAAGAUUUCAAGUACAAUGGUUUCUGUGUCUUAUAUUCACAGUGAAAAGUCUCUCGUUUGCACCGGACUGAAGGGAUAUACAAAAAUACAUGCAAAAUGUUUGUUACCAAAGUCCUAUCCCUCGCCCUAUGUCAAUGCUUCGUUUGUGUAGAUGCAAAUUAUUUCACAAUCCCCGUUAACCUAUUGUAUUGUUGUAUUUACUUUUGUUAAUUUAUUUUUAAAGCACAAAUGUUUUAUUUUGUUGUUGACUUCGACACACAAUAUAACAUUAACUGCUAUUGUUCGAUAUCAUCACAUCUAAUAAAAUAAUCUUUGUAUUUA